AUGGCAGCCAAGCCUGAGGAUGAGAAAGCGACAGCUAUUCUUAACAGAAAAAAAGGUCCAAACCGUCUUAUAGUAGAUGAAGCUACCAACGACGACAACUCGAUCGCAGUGAUGUCUCAAGCAAAAAUGAAUGAGCUCAACAUAAUGCGUGGAGAUACAGUGAUGAUCAAAGGCAAAAGGCGUAAGGACACCGUUCUCAUAGCUCUUGUUGAUCCCGAAUUAGAGGAUGGCAAAAUUCGGCUGAACAAGGUGGUAAGGAACAACCUUAAAGUCAGACUUGGAGACUUGGUAAGUGUCCAUACCCCGGGAGAUAUCCCAUAUGGCAAAAGAGUCCAUAUUUUGCCAAUUGAUGAUACAAUUGAAGGGAUCACUGGGAAUCUUUUCGAAAUCUAUUGCAUAAUAAACUGAUUGAAUAUGUAUUUUAAACAAUAUUCCAAUAAUUUAUAAUAAUAUAAAAUAGCAUAUCUUAAGCCUUAUUUCAAAGAAGCUUAUAGGCCAGUCAGGAAAGGCGACUUAUUCCUUGUAAGAGGAGGAUUCAGACCAGUCGAAUUCAAAGUCUGUGAAACUGACCCAGGAGAGUGCAUCAUUGUAGCGCCUGAUACUGUUAUCCACUGUGAAGGAGAGCCUGUUAAAAGAGCUGACGAAGAAAGAGCUGACGAUAUUGGCUAUGAUGAUAUUGGAGGAUGCAGACGUCAAUUAGCACAAAUCAGAGAAAUGAUUGAGCUUCCACUCAGACAUCCGCAAUUAUUCAAAACACUAGGAGUUAAACCACCUAAAGGAGUUUUGCUGUAUGGUCCUCCAGGGUCUGGGAAAACUCUGAUUGCAAGAGCUGUUGCGAAUGAGACUGGAGCAUUUUUCUUCUUAAUCAAUGGGCCUGAAGUCAUGAGCAAGAUGGCAGGAGAGGCUGAAGCCAAUUUAAGAAGAGCUUUUGAGGAAGCUGAAAAGAAUUCCCCAGCUAUUAUUCUUGUUUAAUAUAAAAAGAAACUUGGCACUGGCUUCGCCAGUGCUUUUUUAUAUACAAGUUAUAAUAAUUUUAGUCAAUAUUAUCAUCAAUUUAUUCAAAAAAAGUCUAUUUUUAUUGAUGAAAUUGACAGUAUCGCUCCAAAAAGAGAAAAAACAGGCGGAGAAGUCGAAAGAAGAGUUGUCUCACAACUGCUCACCCUCAUGGACGGAGUCAAAGGAAGAGGCCAAAUCGUCGUCAUCGGUGCUACCAACAGGCCAAACAGCAUCGACCCUGCUCUCAGAAGAUUCGGCAGAUUUGACAGAGAAAUCGACAUUGGAGUCCCAGAUGAAGUCGGCAGGAUUGAAAUUUUACGCAUCCACACCAAAAAUAUGAAACUCAGCGAAGACGUCGAAAUAGGAGAGCUCGCUAAAGGAACCCACGGCUUUGUUGGUGCUGAUCUUGCCCAGCUCUGCUCAGAAGCUGCUAUGAACUGCAUCAGAGAAAAAAUGGAUAUCAUUGACCUUGAAGAAGACACCAUAGAUGCCGAAAUCUUAGACGCUAUGGCAGUAAACCAAGACCACUUCAAAAGUGCAUUAGGCGUCGUCAACCCAUCCUCACUCAGAGAAACCGUUGUAGAAGUACCAAAUGUGACUUGGAAUGACAUCGGAGGCCUUGACGAAGUCAAAAGAGACUUACAAGAAAUGAUUUUAUACCCAAUCGACCACCCUGAUAAAUUUGAAAAAUUCGGAAUGAAGCCUGGAAAAGGAGUCUUGUUCUACGGUCCUCCAGGAUGUGGCAAAACUUUGAUGGCCAAAGCAAUUGCUAAUGAGUGCUCAGCUAACUUUAUCUCUAUUAAAGGCCCUGAAUUAUUAACUAUGUGGUUUGGAGAAAGUGAAGCCAAUGUAAGAGACGUUUUUGAUAAGGCUAGAUCAGCCGCCCCUUGUGUCCUUUUCUUUGAUGAGCUUGAUUCUAUAGGCUCUGCUAGAGGUUCAAGCCAAGGAGAUGCAGGCGGUGCUGGAGACAGAGUCAUGAACCAACUUUUGACUGAGAUGGACGGUGUAGGAACUAAGAAAAACCUUUUCAUCAUUGGAGCUACCAACAGACCUGAAAUUUUAGACGAGGCCUUGCUGAGACCUGGAAGACUUGAUCAGCUUAUUUAUAUCCCACUCCCUGAUAAGCCAAGCAGAAUUAGCGUUUUACAGUCAUUAGUUAGAAAAUCCCCAGUCGCGAAGAACGUUUAUUUAGAUUUUAUUGCAGAUUUGACAGAAGGAUUCAGUGGAGCAGAUUUAGCAGAACUUGUACAAAGAGCUGCUAAAUCAGCAGUAAGAGAAGCUAUAGAAGCCGAUGCUCAAAGAAAAGCACUACAAGUAGAACAAGGAGAUGAAAAUAUGGAAAUUACUGAUGACCCAGUACCAGAAAUCACGAGAAGACACUUCGAAGAAGCCCUGUCAACGGCCAGAAGAUCAGUAACCAAUGUCGAUUUGAAUAAAUAUGACCAGUUUAGAAGGAAGUUCGACCCUGUCUAUGCUGCCAGACAAGGCGGCCAAGUUUCAAGCGCCCCAGUUUUCAGAUGGCCUGAGAGGGCUGACCAAAUCCAGCAAGUGGCUGCAGAGGAAGAAGACCUUUAUAGUUAA